UUCGGAAAGUUGUUUGUGGUGAAUUUGCCGCAAAAUGCGGACCGCAGAGAUACCAUGGUUCUUGCUUCUUCAUUCAGCCGGAUGAACGUGGACUGGGUCAAUGGCUUGCCGGAUGAUCAAGUAAGCUAUGCACCCAAGCUCGGACAAUUAAAGCAAAAUUGGAGAGCGCACAUCAACGCUGUCCGCACUACCGUAGAGCUAGGUCUUUUUUCUGCCAUCGUUCUUGAGGACGACCUUGACUGGGACAUCCGCUUGAGAGAGCAAAUGCAUGCCAUUGCUCUUUCAACACGAACGCUCACGCAACCACUUGCUUGGACAAACUCUACCAAGCCUAUAUAUGCCGAUCCGUCAUUCCCGGACCCAUUACUGAGCAACAAAGUAACUGAAAUCCCAUUUGUAGGCCGUCCAGCCACGAUUCAGCCGUCCAUCUCCGCUUAUGGUGAUAACUGGGAUGUGCUCUGGCUAGGACACUGCGGCAUGCAAAUGCCAACGCAACGGACACCCGACUUCUCGCAAGGCCGAGUUGUCCUCACCCCAGAUCCGUUCGUUGCAGUCAAAGAUACCAUCAACCAUGACAGCGACAGCUACCCAAACCAGACUCGCCUAUUUCACCAUACCUAUGAGCCUAUGUGCAGCCUUGCCUACGCCGUUUCUCAACGCGGUGCGCGUCGCAUCUUGUACGAAGCGGUGGAGAGAAACGUUACUAAGGGAUUUGACGUCAUGCUGAGAGAGAUGUGCGAUGCCGCGCCAGACAGCCCUGCGAAGUUAACGUGCAUUACUACGCAGCCUAGUUUGUUUUCUCGGUGGCGGGAUGGCCGUAGCGAGCAUGUGAGGUGGAGUGUGAGAAUGAACAUGGGGAAGUAUGUUAGAGGAGACGAGCGGGAGUGGUUCGAUCAAUAUCCCGAAAAAAGCGCAUGA